UUGUGAAGGAGGAGAGUGAAGAGCGGAGUGAAGAGGAGGAGAAACAUCAUGUCAAAACUACAGACAGAAAUCUGAAAAAUACUGCAAAAACAAAAGUACUGGAAAGAACAGAUGCCAAAGCGUUCACCUGCACUCAGUGUGGAAAGAGUUUCAGCCGCAAACACAAUCUGGAGAUUCACAUGAGGAUCCACACGGGAGAGAAACCCUACAAGUGUUCACACUGCAAUAAGGGAUUCAGCCUGUUAGGAAACCUGAAAAUACACGAGAGGAUCCACACUGGAGAGAAACCGUACAAGUGCUCACGGUGCGAAAGGGGAUUUGUUCAUUCCGGACACCUGAAAAAGCAUGAGCUGACUCACACUGGAGAUGAACCCUAUCACUGCACUGAUUGUGGAAAAGGUUUCACUGAUCUAUCUUCUCUACGUUCACACACACAAACCUUACAUGAUGUGGUGAUGGUAAAGGAGAAGAGUGAAGCACUGAGUGAAGAUAAGAAGCAAUAUGUCAAAACUGAAGAAAACAUUGACUUUAUAAUGGAGACAGCAGCCAUAAAAAGCUUCUCCUGCACUCAGUGUGGAAAGUGUUUCGAGCGCAGACACAGUCUCAAGCGUCACAUGAGGAUCCACACUGGAGAGAGACCUUACAGGUGUUCACACUGCGAGAAGAGAUUCAGCCUCUUAGCACACCUGAAAUCACACGAGAGGACUCACACUGGAGAGAAACCGCACACAUGUGCUCAGUGUGGGAAGAGUUUCACACAUUUGUGUUCUCUACGAAAGCACACGAACACCUAUCACAACUUGAUUGUGAAGGAGGAGACUGAAGAACUGAGUGAAGCCAAGACAAUCCACAGUAGAGUUCACACAAAUUCAUGCUCUCUGUGCGGAAAGCAUUUUACACGACACUCGAAUUUAACAGCACAUCAGAAGAUCCACGCUGGUGUGAAAGAGUUUGAGUGCCUUGACUGUGGGAAGAGUUUUAUUAGAGCUGGAGAAUUGAAACGACACCAGAGGAUUCACAGCGGAGAGAAGCCGUUCACAUGUAGUCAGUGUGGGAUGAGAUUCAAACUCUCGUCAAACCUUAAGAGACACAUGAAGAUCCACACUGGAGAGAAACCGCACAAAUGUGAUCAGUGCUGCAAAACGUUUUUAAGGGCUUCAGUGCUGAGGAGCCAUCUUAGAGUUCAUGCAAAGAAGAGGCCUUAUUUGUUUUCUUUCUGUGGAGUUUAACAACACAUUAACAAAAAAUUACGUUCCUGAAAACUCUGCUACAUAUCAAGUGGCAACCUCCCGCUCUCCCUCGAGACGCCAGUAUGGAAGUAACUGAAACUGCAUUUCAUCGACUGACCUUUGGGGGGCUGCUCCAGCAAAUUAAGAUGUCCACUGACUGCAAUGGUAAAUUGGGCAUUUUUACAGCUAAUAAAAACAUGUUUACAGCCUGCUACAAAAGCUGGCUUUGGUGCAAAUAGCUAAUAUUACCCUUCAUGACAACUGUGAGGAGAGUGAACUCAUCCGUUUACUUUUUAUUAAGUUAUAUUAAUUCUGCAUAAAUAAGGGCGUGGCCACUUGAGUGACAGCUAGGUCUUGCUGCACGCUAUCUCAUCACCUCAGCUGAUUCCGGCUGAUUAGCUGCUGAACUUGGCAUAUACAUUGUAUUUUUGUUUGGGUUAAUGUUUCUUUACACAGUCAGUCGCCAUUUGGGAUUAUUUCCAACAAUUAUCAGAUGAUAUGGCAUGCUGUGUGCACUUUAUUGUGCUCACAAACUAUUCAAGUUGCCUUCAUUUCCCAGAUGAGUGAAAUUAUAUACUGAUAUACCAUCUCUAUAAAUGUAUUUGUUUUAUUUAAGAUCAUUUAUAAUUUUUUUUAGAGCUGUAAAGCACUCUUGAAUUUGACAGAUUGAUUAGCUGCAGGCUCUAGAACAGUCAUCUGAAGCGUUGUCAUACAGUGUUAUCCUGGAUUUCAUCAAUAGUCUUGCAUGUACUAACACAGACUAUACCUGAAGUGUUUGGACGUAAUUGGCGCUCUCCUCCUGUUGAAAAACGUCAUAAGAAAAAUGUUUAGUGGCUCAAUGUGUUACAACAGUGUUUUUAUAAGUCUAAUCACUUUAUUGAGUUAGUGUACAACAAAGCACAUGUGGUCCGAACACAAACCAGACGCAGAUAAUGAAGUAUGCAGUACUCCAAAGUAAAGUCUGUCUAAGCCAGGUCCAGCAAAAUGCCAGCAGGUGUCUGUAGCUCCGCUCACUCUCCGCCUCUUUCCCCUUGGUGUUUUUUUUUUUUUUUUGCCUCUUUGCCCUUGUUUAUUUAUUUUAUUCUAUUUUAUUUUUUAUUUUUUGCCUCUUUGCCCUUGUUUGGGAUCCCGCCGUGUGUGCAAUGACGCACGAACAAAAUGUCGACGGUUGGCAGCGCCUACUUGUAGUUUCUUUUGCAGUGUUGAGAAACCCAUGGGUGACGUCACGGAUACUACCUCCAUAUCUUUUACAGUCUAUGCUCUUUAUUCAAUAGUUAAAUGUGUGUAUUUUAAUUACAACUACAUGAGUUCAAUUUUUCAGGAACAUAGUGGAAUAUUCUGGACGAAAGAAUAUGAAUAAAUGAGAAAUAUGUGAUGUACUGCACCCCUUUACCUCUCUGCGCUUCUUUGUUCCUACACACCUUGUCGUUCGCUCAGGUCAGCCGACCAGCUCCUCCUUGGUGUACCCAGGACCAGUCGAAAGCUCAGAGGGGAUCGGGCUUUUGCUGUGGUGGCAGCAAAAUUGUGGAAUGAGCUGCCGUUGUAUAUUAGACAAGUCUCUUGCAUUAUUUAUUUUAAAUCUGUUCUUAAAUCCCACUUGUUCAAUUUAGCUUUUAUCACAGCGUGAGAUUUUAUGUUUAUUUAUUUAUUUAUUUUUAAAGUAUGUGCUAUACGCUUUGUGUUACUCUCUAUUGUCAGCACUUUGGUCAACUGUGUUGUUUUAAAGUGCUUUAUAAAUAAAAUUGAAUUGAAAUUGAA